AUGGCUACUCAGAUUAGCAAGAAAAGGAAGACAAGCUCCUUUGGUGGCCUCGCUGUUCGUAGGGCUUGUUAUGGUGUUUUGCGAUUUAUCAUGGAAAGUGGAGCCAAAGGAUGCGAGGUGAUUGUAAGCGGAAAGCUGAGAGCACAACGUGCUAAAUCCAUGAAGUUCAAGGAUGGUUAUAUGAUUUCUUCUGGUCAGCCAGUGAAGGAAUAUAUUGAUUCUGCUGUUAGACAUGUUCUUUUGAGACAGGGUGUGCUUGGUAUUAAGGUGAAGAUCAUGCUUGACUGGGAUCCCAAGGGCAAGCAGGGCCCAAAAACUCCACUACCUGAUUUGGUCACCAUUCAUGCUCCCAAAGAGGAUGAAGAGUUUAUCCGGCAACCGGUAUUGGCAACUGAUAUCGAGGUCCCAGUUGCUUGAGCUCUUGUGGUGAUGAUAUGUCUUUAGUUAAUCAAUUAUAUUUUAUGCCUAGUAUCAGAUUGUUUUAAAUUUCAUCUUUGAAUACUGAGAUGAUGGCAGACUUUUAAAGGGUGCUGGUGUUAGUGUCGAAUCAAAUGUUUCUCCAAUUUUGUUAUACAGUAAUUUUGUUUCAGGGUUAAUUAUCAUCAAUGGUUUUGGUUAUUA